AUGCAGGUGAACAGGGUUUAUGCUAGGACCCCAAGCUUUCGUCGUUCCAUUGUCAACUCAUUCAGGUAAGUGUAUGAAUUCUCAUUACCGACUGACUGGGCUUUUUGUUCUACCUGAUAUUAUUUUUAGUACUACAUUUAUAUAUUGAUUACUGCAUUGUUGGGUUCAGAGCUAGUUAAAAAAAAGGCUUUUCACUGUACUUGUGAGCGUGAUAUUAAAAACUUGAAAACUUUGACGAUGACGGUGAUUUCUGAGGGUUGUCCAUUUUCUCUCCUUCUCCCGAGUAGGAGUGGAUCUGUAGUUACCAACAUGACCCUCGUGUUUGACAACAAAACUUCAGUUCCCAGCUCAAGCAGCGCACAAGCAACUUUCACCAACAGUUCCACCUCCCUGAACAUUGUAUCAGGAAGCACAAUUGUUGGUAAGUAUUCACCGCUGUGGGCGGACUGGUCAUCUGGCAUUUCGGGCAAAUGCCCAGAUGGGCUGGUCCAUUUCCAGCCCAGUGGGCCUGUCUAACGUGUUUUUUUUUGUUGCAAAAAAUUAUAAUUAUCUGGUUAAUAAUGGGGGCCUCAAGGGAAAAACGGGCCAGUGUGUUAGAAAUCCCAGGGCCAAUUUCUGGUCUCAGUCCGCCCCUGUUUCACUGUCUCCAUACACAUCUAUAAAGAGCAAAGUCAACAUUUGAACAGAAACAUGAAAAGACAAUCCACUUUUAUAAUUUACUGAACCAUAUCUGUUUUUACUUUUUCAGACUCAUCAGCCACUCCAGCAGCUAUCACCACCACCACCACUCCAGCAGCUAUCACCACCACCACCACUCCAGCAGCUAUCACCACCACCACCACUCCAGCAGCUAUCACCACCACCACCACUCCAGCAGCUAUCACACAGCACCACUCCAGCAGCUAUCACCACCCCCCACCAGCAGCAGCUAACCACCACCACCACUCCAGCAGCAGCUAUCACCACAACCACCACUCCGCAGCAGCUAUCACCACCACAACUACCCAGCAAGCUAUCACCACCACCACCCUCCACAGCAGCUAUCACCACCCCCACCACUCCAGCAGCUAUCACCACCACACCACUCAGCAGCAACAAUACACAGACAAACAAGCAGACUAUCAACCACACAAACAGCACACAUAACCAGAGCAGCUAUCACCACCACCACCAAUCAGGCAGCAGCUAUCAACCACCACACCACUCCAGCAGCAGCUAUCACCACACACACUACACACUAACCAACCCCAACAGCAGCUAUCACAACCACCCACUCCAGCAGCAAUCACCACCACCAUCCAGCAGCAGCAUACACCACCAACCAACCACUCCAGCAGGGCUAUCCUAAACACCACCACCACUCAGCAGCAGCUAUCACCACCACCAACCACUCAGCAGCAGCUAUCACCACCACCACCUCCAGCAGCUAUCACCACCACCACUACCAGACAGCUCACCAACCCACUCCGCAGCUAUCACCACCAUCAGCAGCACACCACCACCACUCCAGCAGCAGCUAUCACCACCACCACCACUCCAGCAGCAGCUAUCACCACCACCACCACUCCAGCAGCAGCUAUCACCACCACCAUACUCCAGCAGCAGCUAUCACCACCACCACUACUCCAGCAGCAGCUAUCACCACCACCACCACUCCAGCAGCUAUCACCACCACACCCACUCAAGCAGCAGCUAUACACCACCACCACUCCAGCAGCAGCUAUCACCACCACCACCCACUCCAGCAGCAGCUAUCACCACCACCACCACUUCAGCAGCAGCUAUCACCACCACCACCACUCCAGCAGCAGCUAUCACCACCCACCACUCAGCAGCAGCUAUCACCACCACCACCACUCCAGCAGCUAUCCACCACCAACCACCUAGCAGCAGCUAUCACCACCACCACCACAAAGCAGCAGCUAUCACACACCACCACACUCACAGCAGCAGCUAUCACCACCACACCACUCCAGAGCAGCUAUCACCACCACCACCACUCAGCCAGCUAUCACCACCCCAUCAGCAGCUAUCACCACCACCACCACUCGCAGCAGCUAUCAACCACCACCACCACUCCAGCAGCAGCUAUCACCACCACCACCACUCCAGCGAGCUAUCACCACCACACCACUCCAGCAGCAGCUAUCACCACCACCACCACUCCCAGCAGCAGCUAUCACCCACCACCACCACUCCAGCAGCAGCUAUCACCACCACCACCACUCCAGCAGCAGCUAUCACCACCACCACCACUCCAGCAGCCAGCUAUCACCACCACCACCACUCCAGCAGCAGCUAUCACCACCACCACCACUCCAGCAGAGCUAUCACCACCACCACCACUCCAGCAGCAGCUAUCACCACCACCACCACUCCAGCAGCUAUCACACCACCACCACUCCAGCAGCAGCUAUCACCACCACCACCACUCCAGCAGCAGCUAUCACCACCACCACCACUCCAGCAGCAGCUAUCACCACCACCACCACUCCAGCAGCAGCUAUCACCACCACCACCACUCCACAGCAGCUAUCACCACCACCACACUCCAGCAGCAGCUAUCACCACCACCACCCACUCCAGCAGCAGCUAUCACCACCAACCACCACUCCAGCAGCAGCUAUCACCACCACCACCACUCCAGCAGCAGCUAUCACCACCACCACCACUCCAGCAGCAGCUAUCAACCACACCCACACUCCAGCAGAAGCUAUCACCACCACCAACCAACUCCAGCAGCAGCUUCACACCACCACCACUCCAGCGCAGCUAUCACUCACCACCAACCACUCCAGCAGGCAGCUAUCACCACCACCACCACUCCAGCAGCCUAUCACCACCCACCACCCACUCCAGCAGAGCUAUCACCAACCACCCAACCCCUCCCGCAAAAGCUUCCCACCCCCACCCCCCAGCAGAAGCUAAACCACCACACCACUCCCGCAGCCUUCACCAACCCCCUCCAGCACCCACACAAAACCCCCACCACUCCAGCAGCCAAAACACCACCACCCCCCCGCAGAGUAUCAACCCCCACCCCCACUCCCGCGCAGUUUCACCACCAAAAAACUCCAGCAGCAGCUUCACCCCACCACCCAAAACCCGAGCAGCUUCACCCCCACCACCAACCAGCGAGUAUCACCACCCCCACCACUCCAGCAGCAGCAUACCCCCACCCCCACUUUCCCGCACAGCAUCCCACCCCACCCCAAAUCCAGCAGCAGCUUCACCACCCCCACCCUCCAGCACAGCUUUACCACCCCCAAACCCAGAGCCACACCCCCCCCCAGCAGCAGUAUCACCACCCACCACUCCAGAGCAGCAUCACCACCACCACCACUCCAGCAGCUAUCACCACCACCACCACUCCAGCAGCUAUCACCACCAGCACCACUCCAGCAGCAGCAACUGACCCUCCAUCUUCUAGUGAAGGAACCCUGAGUCUUCAGUUCAGUCUCAACCAGACAUUCAACUCGGAUCUUUCCAACCCGUCCUCUUCAAUGUUCAAGACUCUGGCUGCCAAAGUGGUCUCUGAGGUACGUAUCGGGUGAUUCCACGCCAGCGUAGGUGGACAAUACUUUUUGGUAUCUCAGAUUGUUCUGGCAAUUCUCAAACAGAAACGUCAUUGGGAGGAAAGCUGUUUGACAGGCUUUUUACAUUUAUAUCACAAACCAUUUUUUUUGGAAAAAUCAUGAUGAAAGUGGCCAUUUUAGACUCUUUUUAGACCUGUACAUGCCUGUUGUAAAAAAGACCCUAUGAUCAGUGAACUGUUCACGAUACAGACAACAUCUUGGUGUCAUAAUACUCCUAAUAUAGUGUGUUCUCAAAUAUAGAGUAUGUCUAUAUUCUGAAAUAGAAAAUGUCACAUUCAUUUAUUCAACAAAAUAAUAUUAAAGAUGCACUGGGCAGAAAUCGCUCCGCCAUUUCCUGGUUGCUAAAAUUCUAAUAGUUCGCUAAAAUUUCAGUUUUUGUGACAAAACAAAUAUAUUUUUAAUAACCAAAAAUAUUGUAUUUUUAGCUGUUUGAAACUGGUGUACAAAGCCUAAAUUGAAAUACGCAAAAACCUAAACUUAAGAAUGAGAAGCAUCGAAAUAGCGCACGUAGAACAGAUCUACCACUUCUUCGACUUGCUUUCAAUGAGAACGACACACAUUUCUAUGGGAAUUUGGUCGGGUCGCCCAAAAAAAAGUUACAUAUCGCAGCUUUAAUAUCUCAAAAGUACCGUUUUUGAUUUGGGACAAUAUACUCUUCAAAACACGUCAAACUUCCAGAGUGGGCUCUCAGGUACAUUUAAUGAUAUGACCCAUUUUAUACAUAGAAAUUGACAUUAUAGGUCAUUUACUAAAUCACAGCCCCCCUCCUUAAGGAUUGUACAUUCAGCAAAUCACCAGCAGAGGGAGUUCCCUUUGAAUCCAUUUACCAUUAACAGUGUUGGUGGUGCUCAUAAAAAUCGAUCAGAACUUCAGAAAUCAGCAGAGAGCCCGCUCUGGAAAUGGGAUGUUCCUAUAGAGUAUAUUGUUCCAGACAAUUUGUCUUAAAAUGAACAAAAAAACAAAAAAAAAACGGGUACUUUUGAGAGGUCUGUUUGCUGUGAAAGACAAUUAAAACAAAGCUUCUAUUAAUGCAGUCAAAGGGCCCUGUUUUCAUUUAACCUUUGAUCAUCCUGUGGUAAUCUUUCAAUGCAGGUGAACAGGGUUUAUGCUAGGACCCCAAGCUUUCGUCGUUCCAUUGUCAACUCAUUCAGGUAAGUGUAUGAAUUCUCAUUACCGACUGACUGAGGCUUUUUGUUCUACCUGAUAUUAUUUUUAGUACUACAUUUAUAUUGAUUACUGCAUUGUUGGGUUCAGAGCUAGUUAAAAAAAGGCUUUUCACUGUACUUGUGAGCGUGAUAUUAAAAACUUGAAAACUUUGACGAUGACGGUGAUUUCUGAGGGUUGUCCAUUUUCUCUCCUUCUCCCGAGUAGGAGUGGAUCUGUAGUUACCAACAUGACCCUCGUGUUUGACAACAAUACUUCAGUUCCCAGCUCAAGCAGCGCACAAGCAACUUUCACCAACAGUUCCACGUCCCUGAACAUUGUAUCAGGAAGCAUAAUUGUUGGUAAGUAUUCACCGCUGUGGGCAGACUGUUCAUCUGGCAUUUCAGGCAAAUGCCCAGAUGGGCUGGUCCAUUUCCAGCCCAGUGGGCCUGUCUAACGUGUUUUUUUUUGUUGCAAAAAAUUAUAAUUAUCUGGUUAAUAAUGGGGGCCUCAAGGGAAAAACGGGCCAGUGUGUUAGAAAUCCCAGGGCCAAUUUCUGGUCUCAGUCCGCCCCUGUUUCACUGUCUCCAUACACAUCUAUGAAGAGCAAAGUCAUCAUUUGAACAGAAACAUGAAAAGACAAUCCACUUUUAUAAUUUACUGAACCAUAUCUGUUUUUACUUUUUCAGACUCAUCUUAGCCACCAGCAGUUCACCCCACCACCAUCCCCGCAGCUAUCACCACCACCCCCCCAUCCAGCGCUAUACCCCCACCACCCCCCAGCGAUCACCCCCACCCCCCUCCCGCAGCUUCCCAGACCACUCCCGCAGCAUCACAUCACCACCCCCCCAGAGAGUAUACCACCCCCACCACUCCCGCAGGAGCUAUCACCAAACCCCCACCCCUCCGCAGCAGUUACCAACCACCACUCCCGCGCAGCUAUCAACCCCCCACCCCCCCAGCAGCAGCUAUACCCCCCACCACACUAGGUAUCACCACCCCAAACCCCCCCCCCGCAGUAUAUCACCAGCACCACUCCCGCAGCUACACCCCCACCACCCCUCCAGCAGUUCACCACCCCCAACCCCUCCAGCAGCAGCAUCAACACCACCCCCACUCCCGCAGAAUACCACCACCACCACCCAGCAGCACCACCACCACCGCCACCCAGCCUAUCCCACCACCACUCCGCAGCUUCACACCCCACCACUCCAGAGAGCUUCACCCCCACCACCCCCCAUCCAGCAGAUCACCACCACCACCACUCCAAACAGCUUCACCACCACCCCCACUCCGCAGUACACCACCAAAAACUCAGCAGCUAUCACCACCACUCCCGCAGCAGAUCACCACCCCCACCACCCGCGCAGCAUCACCCCCACCCCCCACUCCAGCGAGCAUCACCACACCCCUAAUCCCGAGAGUAUCACCACCCCCACCAUCCAAGGGAGAGCUAUCACCACCACCCCUACCCAGAGAGCUAUAAACCCCCCCCCCACUCCAGCAGUAUCCCACCACCCCCACCAAGCAGAGCACACCAACCCCCACCCCCCAGCAGCAGCUAUACCCCACCACCACCCAGCAGCAUCACCACACCCCCUCCCCCAGGCUAUCAACCACCCCAUCCAGCAGCAGUAUACCACACCACCACUCCAGCAGAGCUAUCACCACCACCACCACUCCCGCAGCAUCACCCGCAGCUAUCACACCACCACCACUCCAGCAGCAGCUAUCACCACCACCACUCCAGCAGGCUAUCACCACCACCACCACUCCAGCAGCUAUCCCACCACCACCACUCCAGCAGCUAUCACCACCACCACUCACACUUCACCCCACCACCCACUCCAGCAGCAGCUAUCACCACCACCACCACUCCAGCAGCAGCUAUCACCACCACCACCACUCCAGCAGCUAUCACCACCACCACCACUCCAGCAGCUAUCACCACCACCACCACUUCCGCUGCUGUCGUAUCAACUGACCCUCCAUCUUCUCGUGAAGGAACCCUGAGUCUUCAGUUCCGUCUCAACCAGACAUUCAACUCGGAUCUUUCCAACCCGUCCUCUUCAAUGUUCAAGACUCUGGCUGCCAAAGUGGUCUCUGAGGUACGUAUCGGGUGAUUCCACGCCAGCGUAGGUGGACAAUACUUUUUGGUAUCUCAGAUUGUUCUGGCAAUUCUCACACAGAAACGUCAUUGGGAGGAAAGCUGUUUGACAGACUUUUUACUUUUGUAUCACAAACCAUUAUUUUUUUUAAAUCAUGAUGACAGUGGCCAUUUUAGACCCUUUUUAGACCUGUACAUGCCUGUUGUAAAAAAGACCCUAUGAUCAGUGAACUGUUCACGAUACAGACAACAUCUUGGUGUCAUAAUACUCCUAAUAUAGUGUGUUCUCAAAUAUAGAGUAUGUCUACAUUCUGAAAUAGAAAAUGUCACAUUCAUUUAUUCAACAAAAUAAUAUUAAAGAUGCACUGGGCAGAAAUCGCUCCGCCAUUUCCUGGUUGCAAAAAUUCUAAUAGUUCGCUAAAAUUUUAGUUUUUGUGACAAAACAAAUACAUUUUUAAUAACCAAAAAUAUUGUAUUUUUAGCUGUUUGAAACUGGUGUACAAAGCCUAAAGUGAAAUACGCAAAAACCUAAACUUAAGAAUGAGAAGCAUCGAAAUAGCGCACGUAGAACAGAUGUACCACUUCUUCGACUUGCUUUCAAUGAGAACGACACACAUUUCUAUGGGAAUUUGGUCGGGUCGCCCAAAAAAAAGUUACAUAUCGCAGCUUUAAUAUCUCAAAAGUACCGUUUUUGAUUUGGGACAAUAUACUCUUCAAAACACGUCAAACUUCCAGAGUGGGCUCUCUGGUACAUUUAAUGAUAUGACCCAUUUUAUACAUAGAAAUUGACAUUAUAGGUCAUUUACUAAAUCACAGCCCCCCUCCUUUAGGAUUGUACAUUCAGCAAAUCACCAGCAGAGGGAGUUCCCUUUGAAUCCAUUUACCAUUAACAGUGUUGGUGGUGCUCAUAAAAAUCGAUCAGAACUUCAGAAAUCAGCAGAGAGCCCGCUCUGGAAAUGGGAUGUUCCUAUAGAGUAUAUUGUUCCAGACAAUAUGUCUUAAAAUGAACAAAAUAAAAAAAAACGGGUCCUUUUGAGAGGUCUGUUUGCUGUGAAAGACAAUUAAAACAAAGCUUCUAUUAAUGCAGUCAAAGGGCCCUGUUUUCAUUUAACCUUUGAUCAUCCUGUGGUAAUCUUUCAAUGCAGGUGAACAGGGUUUAUGCUAGGACCCCAAGCUUUCGUCGUUCCAUUGUCAACUCAUUCAGGUAAGUGUAUGAAUUCUCAUUACCAACUGACUGGGGCUUUUUGUUCUACCUGAUAUUAUUUUUAGUACUACAUAUAUUGAUUACUGCAUUGUUGGGUUCAGAGCUUGUUAAAAAAAAUGCAUUUCACUGUACUUGUGAGCGUGAUAUUAAAAACUUGAAAACUUUGACGGUGAUUUCUGAGGGUUGUCCAUUUUCUCUCCUUCUCCCGAGUAGGAGUGGAUCUGUAGUUACCAACAUGACCCUCGUGUUUGACAACCAGACUUCGGUUCCCAGCUCAAGCAGCGCACAAGCAACUUUCACCAACAGUUCCACCUCCCUGAACAUUGUAUCAGGAAGCGUAAUUGUUGGUAAGUAUUCACCGCUGUGGGCGGACUGGUCAUCUGGCAUUUCGGGCAAAUGCCCAGAUGGGCUGGUCCAUUUCCAGCCCAGUGGGCCUGUCUAACGUGUUUUUUUUUUGUUGCAAAAAAUUAUAAUUAUCUGGUUAAUAAUGGGGGCCUCAAGGGAAAAACGGGCCAGUGUGUUAGAAAUCCCAGGGCCAAUUUCUGGUCUCAGUCCGCCCCUGUUUCACUGUCUCCAUACACAUCUAUAAAGAGCAAAGUCAACAUUUGAAUGGAAACAUGAAAAGACAAUCCACUUUUAUAAUUUACUGAACCAUAUCUGUUUUUCUUACUUUUUCAGACUCAUCAGCCACAUCAGGAAGUGCUCCCCGACCCACUGCCUUCUCUCUGGCUGCCUUGCCUCUCAGUUUGGCUCUGUUAAUGGUACAGCUGCUGGCUAG